GAGUCCCGUCCCGCCGCCCACGAGCACAGUGGCACCUCAAUCUCCAGCUCCAUGGCGAUUCCCGUCAACCCCGCGAUGCGCAGGGGAUCUUUCAGGAAAGGACCAUUCUGUCGUACGACACAUCAUUCGUCGGAUUACUCUGGUCCCUCCUCGACUCUGGACUCCCGGAAAAGACCAGCUUCCCUCCCUUUCCAAUCUCUCAGCUGUACUACUCUAGCUGUCCAUAUCACGAGAGAACUUGCUUCUCUUUUCUCUCUCCAAUGGCUGGCUCCAAAUCAACAUCAUCAUCCACAACGACAACAGUGCUUCUCUCGAUUCCCUUCUUGAUAGUCGCCCUCUUGCUCACUCGCGCCCCAACAUUCACCAUGACAUCCGUUACACCCACCAAGGCCUGGGCUGACCAGCCCAUCAAGCUCAUCACCACGCCGCAGUACGCAACCAAGAAGACGGACAUCUUCACCUCGGGUGCCACCCACAUGGCCCUGCUGCACAACUCCAUCUUCCGCGGCUACAACUCCAUCUACCAGCAGGCUGCCCAUGUUGCCGACCAGGACAAGGCCGACUUUAUCGGCUACUGCUUGACCUGGUACCGAUUCGUCAAGUCGCACCAUGACGACGAAGAGCAGUCGCUGUUCCCCAAGAUCGAGGACCUCUUGCAGGACAAGACUGUCUUUGAGGAGACCCAUAAGGAGCAUGAGGCAUUCCUGCCCGGUCUUGCCGAAUUCGAAAAGUACCUUGGCGGCCUCAAGAGCCCCAACGACUUCUCGGGCGACCAGCUGCUUCGCAUUAUGGAUACUUUCCAAGACUCCUUCUCCGACCACUUCCACAGCGAGAUCUCCACCAUUGCCAAGUUCUCCGAGCACGCCAACGCCCCCAAGGAGGGAACACCCGAGCACACAGCGGCCGUCACCACCUUCAAGACGUGGGGUAAGGCGACGGUGACAAAGGCCGGCGUGACAGACUGCGUGCCUUUCUUCCUUCUCAACCUUGACCGCACGGUUGAGGACGGCAUGUGGGCAAACUGGCCACCCAUGCCUGCUCCCAUCAAGUGGGGGUUGGUCAACAUUGCCGGUGCUCUGCACUCGGGCUGGUGGAAGUUUUCUUCUUGCGAUGCUGCUGGUCAGCCCAAGGAGCUGUGGGCUUUGCGUAAUGUCGAGAAGCUGUGAUUAAUCGCAACCCCGAUAACGAUGGGGGCGGAGAAGAUGACCGAGAUUCUAUUAGGAAUUUGGAUGAAAAAUAGCACAAGAACCACCAAGUCUAUAGCUCUAGGAUAAGUCAAAAUCUAAUACUAUUGUCGGGUAGGUCUAUCCCACCUCCCUAUUGUGUAGGUCCAGCCCUCACCCUCUUCCUAUAUUUUAGCCCUCUACAUUUCUUUUCCCUUUCUUCUCUAGUCUUUUCUCCAUAGCACACACAUCUACACAUCUUU